AUGGCAUCCAUGUCUCUGUGCUCGAAGCUAUUCAUAUUCUUCGGUGUCAUAAGUAUUCUAUAUUUCUACCAUGUGCGGAACUCUGGCGCUUUAUCUCCACUGGGAACCGCGGGGUCGGCACCAUCUAAACAGAAUGGACUCCUCGGCCUUACGGGCAGCAAAAAACAUCCGAUCGAGCUGCUUGUCGAACAUGCAAGGGUGAAACAUGUCAAUAUGGUCAACAGGCAGUCCAAGACUUUAGACCAGGCCGUUACCGAGUACAAGAGAAGAUACAGUAGAGAACCUCCGCCAGGAUUUCACCACUGGUACAAAGCUGCCGUCGACGCCAACGUCCCAAUCGUUGAUGAAUAUGACACGGUCAUGGCAGCCUUCGAGCCCUUUUGGAGCGUAUCUGGUAAAGAGAUCCGGGCCAGAGUGCAGGAAGCGAUUUCUCCACCGGUAGGGAAGACGCCUAUAAUCGGAGUUCACCUCAAGGACCAGAAUGUCUCACUCACUUACAAUGGUAACAUGAAUCGUCCAUGGUAUGGCCUGAUUCUCAAGGAUUGGAUCGAGCAUCAUAUGGACCACCUUCCUAAUAUGGAGAUCGCUUUCAAUUCGCAUGAUGAGCCCGAGGUAGUGGUUCCCCGCGACGAGCUGGAAAGAAGUCUUGAAGGAUGCCCAGCCCCACAGAAACACGAGAUUGGCAAGCCAAAGGAGCAAGCUGAAAUGCAUGACCCUGAAGUCGUCUAUUUCGAUUUUCUCCGCAGACACAGGACGUGGGACCGUGUGAUCGAAUCAUGCCCUCUGGACUCUGCAAGCCGUUCACGUAAAUCAUCAGAGCCCGAUAAGAGCGCCGAUUAUACCGACGGGCCUCUGUUCAUUCAAAACAUUACGCGCGCCAAAGACAUCUGCGAGGAGACCGAUGCCGCUUCGCUACACGGCUUUUUCACUUCACCUGAUGGUUUCGUCCUGACCAAUUCCCUCGUACCUGUUUUCACAAAGUCCAAAGCAUCCUCCUUCCAAGACCUGCUCCUACCCGCCGUGGACUACGACUCACGACUCAGUGAAGGCACUUACAAAGAUUACAAUCCAGACGAAGACAUGCCAUGGGAGGAGAAAAAGAACCAUCUCUACUGGGCCGGCACAUCCAUCGAUGGCUAUUAUCAAGAUAGCAACUGGAAAAACAUGCAGCGAGUUCGCUUCGUGAAAAAUAUGAAUAAUCCAAGCCUGCCCGUCGCCCUCAUGCGUCGGGACGAGAAAUCCGGUCGUUGGAAAGCGCACAAUGAUACCAUGGGAAGCCUGUCGAAAUAUGCAGACGUGAAGUUCACGGUGCAAGAUAUGUGCGCUGAAAAAACUUGCGAGGAGAUGAGAGAUCCAGAGAACGGUGUUGUCUGGAAGGGAAAGGAACCUGCCACGGAGCCUUACGCUAAUCGAUUCCUGAUGGACGUUGAUGGCCACACAUUCACAGAACGCUUUCGGCGCUUGCUCAGCUCGAGGAGCUUGGUGUUCAAGAUGACUAUGUUUCAGGAGUGGCACAACGAUUUCCUGGAACCGUGGGUGCACUACGUGCCUAUCACCUUGGGUAUGAAAGAGCUGCCCGAAACACUGAGAUUUCUAGCAGAGACGCCAGAGGGGCAGGUAAUCGCGAAAGAGAUUGCAGAGGCCGGAAGGGAAUGGGUGGGCCAGGCAUGGAGGGUUGUCGAUAUGAGAAUCGCAACGUUCAGGAUUCUGCUGGAGUACGCGAGGCUGUAUGGGGAGGAGAGAGAUCGGACGGGCGAAUGCCCUUGGGAUCGAAAGGGGCGAGGGAAAAGCUGA